AACAUCUCUUACAAAAUAAAAUAAAUAAUAGUCUUUGUAAUUUCCGUCCUCUCUUCUCUCUUUCUUUUAUCUAAAUUAAAUUAAUUAAUUUCUUAUUUUACUUCUAGAAAAUUAGAGAGGCGGUGUCCGGCCGCCUAAAAGUCCUAACCUUGAAUAUAGAAAUGUAUAUAUAUUUGUUCUCAAAAGAAAAAGAAAAAGAAAAAGAAAAUAUAAUUUAAUUUAAUGGAAAUAGAAUAGGGGUAGAGAGAGAAAUUUAGAGAGAGAGCUUCCAAAGUCAAAACAAUCAAAUCCAUACCCGUUUUCCAUAACCUCAAAACCUCUCUCAUUCCCAAAUCCCAUCUUCGUCUUCGUCUUCAUUUGGGUCUGGAGGUGUUGUUUUGUGUUGUGGUUGGGUUUCAGAUCGAUUAAUUACAAAUAUCUGCCUUCUCUCAUGAGUUCCAAUACGGCAACUUCCAGCUCAGCGGCCGCUGGAUCGGCCGAUUCAUCUGCCACCCGAAGAAAUUCUAAGCGACCCAAAUAUUCAAGAUUUACUCAACAAGAACUUCCAGCAUGCAAGCCCAUUCUUACUCCAAGAUGGGUGAUUUCUGCCUUUAUGCUUGUUAGCAUUGUAUUCAUCCCCAUUGGAGUUGCGUCACUCUAUGCAUCACGCGAUGUGGUUGAAAUUGUUGACCGAUAUGAAACUGAGUGCAUACCUGAGCCUUUUAGAAAGAGUAAAGUUGAAUUCAUUCAGGGCCCUGGAACUAAAUUGUGCAACAGAACAAUAACGGUUCCGAAGCGUAUGAAGAAACCUAUAUAUAUCUAUUAUCAACUUGACAAUUUCUAUCAGAAUCACCGCAGGUAUGUCAAGAGCCGAAGUGAUAAACAGCUGAGAGAUAAUAGUGCGACUGAUGUAAGCUCUUGUAAGCCUGAAGAUAUUGCAAAUGGUCAGCAGAUUGUGCCUUGCGGUCUAAUUGCUUGGAGUUUGUUUAACGAUACCUAUAGUUUUUCCCGUGGAAACCAGCAGUUGGCAGUGAACAAAAAGGGUAUCUCGUGGAAGAGUGAUAGGGAACACAAGUUUGGUAAAGAUGUCUUUCCAAAGAACUUUCAGAAUGGAACUAUUAAAGGUGGCAAAACUCUUAAUGAUACGAUACCGUUGAGUGAGCAAGAAGACCUUAUUGUUUGGAUGCGAACUGCUGCUCUGCCAACCUUCAGAAAACUGUAUGGGAGAAUAGAGACAGAUCUGGAGGCUAAUGAAGUCAUUCAGGUGGUACUGGAAAACAACUACAAUACUUACAGUUUUGAUGGAAAGAAGAAGCUUGUGCUUUCCACUACUAGUUGGCUUGGUGGCAAAAAUGACUUCAUGGGUAUUGCAUACCUCACUGUUGGUGGGCUGUGCUUCUUUUUGGCUAUGGCUUUCACCAUUGUAUAUCUUAUUAAACCAAGACAACUAGGGGAUCCUUCGUAUUUAUCAUGGAACAGAAAUCCAGGAGGACACUAAGGUUGUGGAACCACCUAACAUGUUUGGCUUGGCGUGGCUCAAACAAAACAUGGUAUUUUAUAUGUAAUAUGUAAGUGACCCUUGAUGAAUAUGCAAUCAAGAAUCAUUUUGCUCUCUCUGACGCUGGAAUUGAUUAUUUUUAAUUUUUUUUUUCUCUUGUUUUGUAUGAAAUGAUAAUGACAGACAUUAAAAGCUUCCAUGUAUAAAUCCAGAAAUAGUAUUAAUUAAUUACUUCCAA